UAUGCUGCAUUUAUUCACAGGAAAGACAGAAUUGUGCCAAAAAUAAAGGAAGGACACUUGGCAGGUUUGAAGAAGAGAUUACAACAAGAGGAAGAGAAUAUGUUUUAUCUACGGCAUCCAUAUCUAACCCUGGACCAGUCAUGGGGCCAUGCCAAGGAACUAGGAAAGCAUGAAGAAUGGUUGAACAAAAAAAAUAUCGAACGUCAGAAGUACAAGCCAGAUGUAACCAUUGAGGAGAGAUAUAAAACACUUCGCAACACAGAUGUUUGGGAUUAACUAAACUCUGAGUUAUUACAUAUUUAGUUUUGCUGUAUAUACAUGUUUGUUUAUGAAAUUUGUAAAUCAUGUAUCAAUAAAUUAGGUAAGGAAA